CACAAACACAUAUUAGAUAGCUUCCAGUCCUCACUUUGAAAUCUAUACUGAAUUACUGCUCAAUGUUACCGUCACGGCAGAUUGCUCGGCGGAUUCCUACACCCUCUCUCACCCUAUGCUUUUUCACAACACCAAUACUGCGAAUACUACGUACAGAACGAGGUUACUCAGAUAUAAGCACGGGUUCUUCAAGUUCAGCUAAAGAGGAGGUACUGAAGUCGACCGCCCAGCCGUCAGAGGAAGCCAAACCGAAGAAGAAGACACAAGCAGAACUCGACCAAGAGCUACAGCUAAAGCUUCAGGGACUAUCUGGUGAUGGGGGUGAUGCCGGUGUGGAGUAUGAAGAUGGGAAGCCGGUAUCAAUGAAGAGGAGCGUGAAGAACAAUAUGUUCAGAUACAUCUAAGCUGAGGUACGAUGAACACUCCAGCGCCUGUCUGUCGCGAAAGGA